GUGUUGUUUAUGGCCACAGGAGGGAGCUCAAAUCCAGACAUGGGAAGAUUGGCUUGAUUUCAUAUCCAGAGCCUCUUAAACUCUCACUUUUCCGCUAAGCUGAUCCCUGUUAUGUCCAGGAUCUGGCACCUGCUUGACAUUUACUUUGAGUUCCAGAGGACCAGAGACCUAGGAUGAGGAGCAUUGGAUCUGCCCUGAACCUGCUUUUGGUAUCGCCACUCUACUUUGUGUGGACCGUGGUCGCUCUGGACCUGGCACAAACUCCCUGCACCACUUUGGUCCAGGGGAAAUUCUUUGGGUAUUUCUCCUCCUUCGCUGUCUUCCCAUUGAACUCCUCUAUCUGUUCUUGGAUUAUCCAGAACCCUGACCCUCGGAGGUACACCUUGUACAUGAAGAUCCUGAAACCUACCAGCGUAUGUGACUACCAGCACAUCCGCACCUACCAGUUUGACUCCUUCCUGGAGUCCACCCGCACCUACCUGGGCAUGGAGAGCUUUGAUGAUGUGUUGAAGCUCUGUGAUGGGUCCACCCGCUAUGCCUUUCUCCAGUCCAACAAGCAGUUCCUCCAGAUGAAACAGACCACACCACCAGGACUGGAGAGCGGGCCCAUGCAAUGGAAGCCCAUGAAGGCUCAGGAGAGGGACUUUUCGGUGGAGUACCUCGUGGUGGGCAACAGGAACCCUAGCAAAGCUGCUUGCCAGAUGCUCUGCAAGUGGCUGGAUGCGUGCUUGGCCAUCAGCAGCAGCUCCCACCCAUGUGGCAUUAUGCAGACUCCGUGUUCUUGCUCAGGAGGCGAGGUCCUAGAUCAGGCCAGUGAGAUUCCAGGGUUCACGAAGAAGAAGGAAGAUUGCUAUAAGGAUGGGAUUUACUUGGAGAACUGCAUGAGCAGCCCAAAGGACAGCAGUGGCGUGGAGUCCCUGGGUGGCUGGAAACCGUGGUCAGCUUGGGGCGACUGCACCAAGGACUGCGGGGGAGGCUUGCAGACCCGCAUGCGCACCUGCAAGCCCCUUCCCAACGAAGGCCUUGCCUGCGUGGGCGUCCUGGAGGAAGGAAGACUGUGCAAUAGGAAAGCGUGCAAUACCAAUGGACGCUAUAAUUCCAGAAGCCAAUCGCUGAGGUCCACAGAUAACAGAAAGCGAGAGGACACUGACGAUCUGCAGCACUACGGGUACCCUGCACCUCAAAUAGGUGAUCCUGCAGCAGAGGAGUGGUCCCCAUGGAGUGUCUGUUCAACCACCUGCGGGGAGGGCUGGCAGACCAGGACAAGGUUCUGUGUGUCGUCUUCCUACAGCACUCAGUGCAGCGGCCCUCUCCGGGAGCAGAGACAGUGCAACAACUCUGCUGUGUGCCCAGUGCACGGCACCUGGGAUGAGUGGUCUCCGUGGAGCCUGUGCUCUUCCACGUGCGGGAGAGGAUACAGGGAUCGGACCCGCACGUGCAAGCCUCCUCAGUUUGGUGGGAACCCAUGCGAGGGCCCAGAAAAGCAAACAAAAUUCUGCAAUAUUGCACUUUGCCCAGUGGACGGCAACUGGAAUGAGUGGUCGAGCUGGAGCUCAUGCUCUGCCUCCUGCUCCAACGGCACCCAGCAGCGGACGAGGGAAUGCAACGGGCCUUCCUAUGGUGGAGCAGAGUGUCAGGGACACUGGGUGGAGACCAGGGACUGUUUCCUACGGCAAUGUCCAGUGGAUGGGAAAUGGCAGGCGUGGGGAGUGUGGGGAAGCUGCACCACCACGUGCGGAGGUGGGACUCAGAGACGUGACCGCGUGUGCUAUGGGCCUUUCUUUGGUGGAGCGACUUGCCAGGGUCCCAAGGAAGAGUAUAAACAGUGCAAUGACAAGAAAUGUCCCGAGCCCCAUGAAAUCUGUGAUGAGGAAAAUUUUGCCUCAGUGGUGUGGAAAGAGACGCCUGCCGGGGAUGCUGCAGCUGUCCGGUGUCCACGCAAUGCUACAGGGUUGAUCCUUCGAAGAUGCACUUUAGAUGAAGAAGGGAUAGCUUACUGGGACCCUCCAACAUACAUCAAGUGUGUUUCUAUUGAUUACAGAAACAUACAGAUGAUGACCAGGGAACAUCUUUCCAAAGCUCAGCGUGGCUUGAUGGGAGAUGGACUGUCAGACGUGCUCCAGAACCUUGUUGAAAUCUCUCAGGACGGGACCAGCUACAGCGGGGACUUGCUGUCCACCAUCGAUGUACUCAGGAAUAUGACAGAGAUCUUCCGUAGGGCUUAUUACAGCCCAACUUCUGGGGAUGUGCAGAACUUUGUCCAGAUUAUCAGCAACCUGUUAUCGGAGGAAAACCGGGACAAAUGGGAGGAAGCUCAGCUGACAGGGCCAAAUGCCAAGGAGUUGUUCAGGCUUGUGGAGGAUUUCAUUGAUGUCAUUGGCUUUCGCAUGAAAGAUUUCCGGGAUUCCUACCAAGUGACGGACAAUCUGGUCCUCAGCAUUCACAAACUGCCUGCACACGCAGCAACUGACAUCACCUUCCCCAUGAAAGGUUGGAGGGGCAUGGUGGACUGGGCCAAGAACUCCGAGGACAAGGUCACCAUAUCCAAAAGCAUCCUCUCUUCGGGGCUGGCAGUGACAGAUGAUUCCUCCGUCUUCGUGGUGGGGACUGUCUUGUACCGCAACAUAGGCAGCAUCCUCUCCCUCCAGAGGAACAGCACUGUUGUCAACUCCAAAGUCAUCUCCGUGACUGUGAAGCCAUUUCCCCGGUCUCUCCUUACCCCCUUGGAGAUUGAAUUCUCCCAUCUGUACAAUGGAACAACCAACCAGACCUGCAUCCUGUGGGAUGAAGCUGACAGAUCCUCCUCCUCCUCUUCCCAGCUUGGUCCCUGUUCCUGGCGCGGCUGCCGAACGGUCCCGCUCGACUCCUUCCGAACUAAAUGCCUCUGUGACAGACUCGCCACCUUCGCCAUCUUAGCCCAGCUCAGCCCAGACAUGAACAUGGAAAAGGUGCUGGUCCCUUCUGUCACGUUAAUUGUAGGCUGUGGAGUAUCUUCGCUGACACUUUUGCUGUUGAUUAUCAUUUAUGUCUCUGUUUGGAGGUAUAUCCGCUCAGAGCGCUCUGUCAUUCUUAUCAACUUCUGCCUGUCCAUCAUUUCCUCCAAUGCCCUCAUUCUGAUUGGACAAACGCAGACCCGGAAUAAGGUGAUAUGCACGCUGGUGGCAGCUUUCUUGCACUUCUUCUUCCUCUCCUCUUUCUGCUGGGUGCUGACAGAGGCCUGGCAGUCCUACAUGGCCGUGACGGGCCGGUUACGGAACCGCAUCAUCCGCAAGCGUUUCUUGUGUCUCGGAUGGGGGCUCCCUGCCUUGGUGGUUGCCAUUUCCGUGGGAUUUACUAAAGCCAAGGGAUACGGCACCGUGAACUACUGCUGGCUGUCAUUAGAGGGAGGUCUUCUCUAUGCCUUCGUGGGACCUGCGGCUGCUGUUGUUUUGGUGAACAUGGUUAUUGGCAUUCUGGUUUUUAACAAACUUGUAUCCAAAGAUGGAAUAACAGAUAAGAAACUGAAGGAACGGGCAGGUCAGAUGGCAGUGCCCCUUUACGGCAUGACGCUCAAAUGUUCCAAGUGUGGAGUAGUUUCUUCUGCAGAAGUUUCGGCCACAGCCACCAGUAACGCCAUGGCAUCCCUUUGGAGCUCCUGUGUGGUCCUACCUCUCCUGGCUCUGACUUGGAUGUCUGCAGUCCUGGCAAUCACAGAUCGGCGCUCGGCCCUUUUCCAGAUCCUUUUCGCUGUCUUUGACUCACUGGAGGGUUUCGUCAUCGUGAUGGUCCAUUGCAUCCUAAGGCGGGAGGUCCAAGAUGCUGUCAAGUGCCGAGUUGUGGAUCGUCAAGAAGAGGGCAACGGAGACUCUGGGGGGUCAUUUCAGAAUGGACAUGCUCAGCUAAUGACCGAUUUUGAGAAGGAUGUGGAUAUGGCUUGUAGAUCAGGUGAGCACAUCACAGUGCUGAAUAAAGACAUCACCACCUGCAGGACCUCAACCAUCACAGGAACACUGAAGCGCCCAUCACUGCAGGAUGAAGAGAAAUUGAAACUCAAUCACCAGAAGGGGUCAUCAAACUUCAACAGUCUUCCAGCCAAUGUCUCCAAGAUGCAUCUUCAGGGCUCACCUCACUACCUAGGGGCCAUCAACCUGAAUGAAUUCAGUAAUCACACACUGACCUUGAAGAAGGACAAGAACCAGCCACCCAAGUCUAUCUACAUCUGCGAUGGGGACAUCUUCAAGAAGCUGGACUCAGAACUCUCCCGAGCACAAGAGCAAACACUGGACACCAGCUAUGUAAUUCUGCCUACCAACACAUCUACUUUACGGGCCAAACCACCCAAGGAUGAGAGCAAAUAUAGCAUCAAUAUUGACCAGAUGCCUCAGACACGUCUCAUCCACCUCAGUAUGGCAACUGACCCAGGCUUUGUUGUCAAGAGUCCCCCACGGGAGCCUGUAACCAUGACAUGCAGUGAGGUGCAAGGUUCCUCCAUGAUACAACAGCAGCAGCAGCUGCCUCCACCAAACAUCUCCAACGAGACACAGAUUCCCAACAGUCUGUGUGACACGGGUGACUCAGGGAACUCGGGUGUAGUGUCCAAGAGCGAGACCGUCUCCACCCUCUCCAUGAGCUCCUUGGAGAGGCGGAAAUCCCGAUAUGCAGAGCUAGAUUUUGAG